GUAAAAUAUUGGGCUACAGGUUUCAAAUAUUUGGGUCUCCCUUUAGUAAAAUUUUAAUUGUUGGAUUUCUACCUACUUCACAACUUUUAGCUCCCUUGAUUGAUGGGGAUCGAAUUGGGCAACGGGCAAUGAGCAAUGACCUCCUUUAUGGUCUUUUUAUAGCUCCCGAAAGUCCUGUCAUGAAUGAAUGGAAUGAACAUAUUCUUAAUGUACUUAAUCAUCAACAAUGUGUUUGUAGAUCAUUAAUGGAAAAGAAGCUGAGGAGUGGAACUUUCCUCAUUGUUGACUGUUAUUCAUAUUCUGGGGUAGCUUUCUCAUCGACCAAAGGACUUGAUAUUGAAUGGUGUAAGGUAGUGGAAUACUGCGAUCUGUUUGUGCGGGCUCCAGAGAUGGGGCUACUGGCUCCCGAUCUGGUAUUAUUCCUAGACAUACCACCAGAGGUAACUCAUUUUUAUACCAAUAUUUCAAUUGUGUAA